CACGUAUGGUGAUAUUGGCCCACUGAAGUCAACAUGAUUUAUGUCGAAAGGAAAAUGAAGUCACUGUCGUUAUGAUAUCACCAUCCGAGAGUGAUCAUCGAGAAAGUGGUAACGAUGGCACCAGCAACAACGAUGGCACCAACAACAAUGAUGGCAACUACAACAACGAUGUCGAUGGCAACAGCAACACCCAGCAGCAUUCGGACGUGGCGAAUCCUGAAACUGUAGCUCUCGUGAAUUUCGAAAUUCAAAACGAUGAUGUAACAGACGAUACCGUGAAUUUGAUACAGACUCCGAGUGGCAGCAUUCAAACUACAGAAGACAAUGGUAAUUCCACUCCAUCCACGUCUGCUACUUGCCAUCAGUGUCAGAGCCGAAAAUCAGUCUCGUUCAAAAUGGAAGACGAGGCACUCCCCUGUUCCAGUUCGGUUUGCAAGAAGAAUGCGUCAACCGGAAGUACCAGUCCGCCAGAGAAUACCAGUUGUGAAAGCGUGACGUGUCAGUCGCACGAGUCGUCUAAUUCAUCCAUUACGUGUCGAAUUUGUCAACUCAGCGAAACUGAAACAGGAGAGCCAGUGAAAACAUCUGAUUGUCAUUGUAAAGGGUAUUUAGAUGCUAUACAUAGAAGCUGUUUAUUAGAGUGGGUUCAUUAUAAAGGUACUAGAAUUUGUGAAGUAUGUUCCUCCGAGUUUUCCAGCGCUCCCAAUCUACCCAGAAGGUCUUCGUCUGAUGAGCAGCGCCAGCAGGAAUUAGCCGAUCUAUUUAGGCAAUACUCAAAUCUUCGGCCUAUAACCAAGAAAAAGAGGGCGUUAAUGGGAUCGUUAUUGGUGUUUUUAACGGUGAUGUCGAUCGUAGCUGGCGUAUUGACCGUCAGCACAGACAAGCAGUUUCAGACUAUUUCGUCGGAUCCUUGGAGCAGCCACAAGAGCGUCAACGAUUCCUAUAUUAUGUUUUCAAUUUGCUUAUCUUUCUUGCUUUUUUGCGUCGCGGUAACUUUUGGUACGAUGUUUACUUGGUGCACUCUCGAGGUCACGUAUCAUUAUCAGCGACAAAGGGUCUGGCAGAGAGCUUUACGAAUUGCCGCAGACGAUCAUCAAAACACCGCUUAAAUGGCGUCUUUGUUCAGUGGCUUAAAGAGAUUGUAGAGGCGAUCCUAAAUGUUUUGCGUGUAUCGAGGACACUGAUAGCAUCAAUUGGCACCAUUUCAAUUUACAAUCGCACGUCUGUGGUUCUUGGAAUUCCACUAAAACUAACCGUUGAUGACGUCACUAUCGAGCAGCUUUUGCGAUAGUGACGUCAUAUACAGUUAAGCAUUUUUAUAAUUACGUUAACCGCAGACGUCUGACAGCAAAUUAAGAAGCCAUAAUGAACCCGAUGCACUUAAAAACCUGUGGAAAACU